AUGACGUGUGUUUCCAUAUCUAAUGUCUUUCCAUUUGGUAGUGGUCUGAACACGCUUAUUCAUAAUCCGCUCACGGAGGACGUCAGUUCACAUCGAAGCGUUUUUACCAAUAACAGCUUCCCGGCCGUAGAACGGAAUAUCUUCAAGUGCGAAGAUAUUUCUUUAUGCAUUUGCAACAAUGACAUGCUCCAAAAAUCCUCUCAAGUUGAUGCUUCGUUCGAAACCCACGCAAAGCCAUUAGAAUUUUUAGACUUGAAACCACCAGAGACCAUUUCUUCUUCUUCUUCUUCUUCUUCUUCUUCUUUUCUUCUUCUUCUCUUCUUCUUCUUUUCUUCUUCUUCUAUGUGCAUUGUCCUUCGUUCACAGUUAAUAUCUAUCUAUCUAUCUAUCUAUCUAUCUAUCUAUCUAUCUAUCUAUCUAUCUAUCUAUCUAUCUAUCUAUCUAUCUAUCUAUCUAUCUAUCUAUCUCAUUCUGUUAAUGUUAUGA